AUGCCGUGCACUGGGCACCUCGACACGCCGGGGCCUCCGGCCCCCACCACGCCGCCGGAGCCCACGGUCAACAUCUUCCAGAUGGAGGGUCCGACCACCAACCCCACCAGCCAGCCCUGGCCGGGACCCCCACACCAGCCUGAGAUCCUGGCCCCCAACCCACCCCGGGAGACCUGGGCCGGCAAGUACGAGUUCCUGCUGUCCUGCCUGGGCUACUGCGUUGGGCUGGCAAACAUCUGGCGAUUUCCCUACCUGUGUUACCGCAACGGAGGAGGCAUCUUCCUCAUCCCCUACUUCAUCAUGCUGCUCGUCAUAGGGCUGCCCCUCUUCCUGAUGGAGCUGAGCCUGGGCCAGUAUGGAGCCGCGGGGCCCAUCACUGUCUGGAAAUGCUGCCCGCUCCUGAAAGGCGUUGGCGUUGCCAUGCUGAUCGUGUCCUCCCUGGUGUCCCUCUACUACAACGUCAUCAUCGCCUGGGCUUUCUACUACCUGGGCUCCUCCUUCCAGAGCCCCCUGCCCUGGUCCUGUGAUGCCCCCAGGAACGCGGACCUCUGCCAGAACACGUCAGGGAGCGCCGGCUGGGUCAGUGCCAGCGAGGUUUUCUGGAACGAGCGGGUUCUGGGGGUAACGCACAGCUCCGGCCUCGGGGACCCUGGCCCCGUGCAGUGGCCCCUCGCCCUGUGCCUGCUGGCAGCGGAUACCUUGGUCAUUGCCAUCGGGAACUGCUGCACCAGCUUCUUGGCUGGCUUCGCCAUCUUCUCAGUGCUGGGACACAUGGCCUGGAGGAAGCAAGUCCCUGUGGGCAGCGUUGCCGACUCAGGCCCUGGGCUGGCGUUCGUGGCAUACCCCGAAGCCCUCUCCCUGCUGCCCGGCUCCCCGUUCUGGUCCAUCCUCUUCUUCCUGAUGCUCUUCACGCUGGGAGUGGACACUUUGUUUGGGAACAUUGAGGGCAUCACCACAGCCAUCCUGGAUGAGUUCCCAGCCCUGCGUGACUGGAGGAGGAAGACGGCGUUGCUGGGUGCACUCUGCACCGCCUUCUACCUGCUGGGGCUCCUGCUGGUCACCCAGGGAGGUAUCUUCUGGUUCACCCUCAUUGACACGUACAGCACUGGCUUUGGGCUGAUCAUUGUCACCCUCUUCAUGUGCCUGGGCAUCGCCUUCUGCUACGGCAUGAACCAGUUCUGCCAGGACAUUGUGGACAUGAUCUGCCGGUGCCCGCCCUGGUGCAGCCACGUGCUGGGCUACUUCAAGGUGUGCUGGGUCUUCUUUACCCCCUGCCUGCUGCUGCGACGCUGCCCUCUGCCCCGUGGGGGCUUGGGGCAGCCCCUGCUCACCCUCGCCCAUCCCCAGCGCUUCCAGAAAGCCACCCAGCCCCUGCGCUCCUGGAGGAUGGCCACCGCCCAGGACGUGGCCAGACACGUCAUCGACGUGCCGUUCACCAUCACCCUGACCGACAGCGACUUCACCGCGCCGCCCCACGGCAGCAGUGAAGACUGA